AAAAUUCGGAGUUCUUGCUGCGGAAGACAAGCUAGAAGUGGCUAACGGCUAAAUGCUAACUACGCUGUACUACUCGCUGUUGUCGAGCUGUUAGACGUUAUAACUAAAUCGUUUUUUGAAAAGCAUUAACAUCUUUCUCGCUGGGGAAGAGCUGGUCUUUCAGAAACGUUGGCUCUCCCGGUAAACUUGAUCACUGUGUAUGUGUGUGUCACCUUGGCUGUAGUCCUCAGUCUCCCUGGGUGUGGGUGACACUGGCUCCGAGCCAGUCCUCCUCCACAGAUGAAGAUGUCCCUGGCCCAGCGAGUGCUCCUCUCCUGGAUCUUCGCCCUCGUCUUCCUCAUCAUGCUGGUCCUCAAGCUGGACUCUAACAUCCACUGGAACUGGUUUCUCAUCUUCCUCCCCGUGUGGACCUUUGACACCAUCCUCAUCCUCAUGCUGAUAGUGAAGAUGGCAGGGCGCUGCAAGCCAGACUUUGACCCCAGGGAUGGCGAGCAGAGCCUGAAGAGGAGGCUGUGGUACCUGACGGCCCUGCUGCUGAAGCUGGCCUUCUGUCUGACACUGUGCUCCCGCCUGGAGAGGCACACUGAAAUGUGGAUCAGUGUGGUGUGUGUCCCUCUGUGGGUGCUGCUGGGUGGGGCUCUGGUGGAGCUGGGACACAGUGUUUUCCACUACAGGAGGGACUGAACCAUUGGACUUGGGUGGGUUUUAAAAUGUAACGUAAGGGACAAAAACUCUUUACGCUCAAGCAUUUCUCACUUGGGAUGCACCAAUCUGAUCCACUGGAUUGGUAUCAGGGCCAACACUGACCUUAAUAAGUUGAUCAGGUGUGGGUCAGACAUGACAGAUCCACGUGACAUACAGCUUCUUUGUCAAUGUUAUAAUAUUCACUGUGUCUGCUAUGUGUUAGAUUUAAAUUACAGCAGGGUGCAGACUCAGUGACAUGGGGUAGAAAUCCCAGUGAACUCUUAACUGAGUGGUUUACAGGUUUAUGGGGGAGAAGAGUGCUAGUAUUGGAUCAGGAAUCUGUAUUGGAAUUUUUGCGAAAGAAAAAGUCAAAAAUCUCACCAGAGUAACAGCUAGUUGUGUGUCAUACUGUGAUAUCCUUGGAUCUUUAAUCAAAAUGAAGAUUUUUCCAUACACUAGUCUGCAUAGUUUGGUAUCUUACAGGUUCAGUGUGUGGGAUAUAGGGGGAUAUAUUGGCAGAAACUAAAUAUAUCAUCACACAUCA